CCAAAUAAGAUUGGGCCGUAACACUUUGGACAAGACCAUGUAGUGUUUCACGUGGCCUUCAUCUCACCGCCCAACUCUCGUUUUCCUUCUCCGUCCACGCAUCCAUUGCUUCCUCUCCACACAAAUCCACUCUCAUCUCCCCUGCUCUCUCCCGUUUCUAAGAGGCAGGGAGACAAUGGCCAGCCUACGAAGCAAUCUUCUUCUAAGGGAGUUCUGCCAAAUCUCCCCGUUCCUGAGGCCUACCUGGGCGAUUCCGGCCAUACCGAUCCGCGUCCACAUCGGAAUCGGCCGUGUCCGCUGCGCCGCCGUGGGAUCCGGCGAUGGGGGCAAGAAAGUGUCUGCUCGCCUAUCUAUGAUGCAGCAAAUCCUUCAGGGUGCAGAAGAGCGGGCUCUCUCCGCCGUCUCCGAGCCCACCCCUAAGAUUACACUGGACCACGUCACUGUUAGUUUUGCAAGAAGUGGGGGGCCCGGUGGUCAAAAUGUAAAUAAAGUGAACACUAAGGUAGACAUGCGCUUCAAUGUUAAACAAGCACAUUGGCUUAGCGAAAGAGUCAGGGAGAGAAUACUUCAAAUGGAAAAAAAUCGUAUCAACAAGGAUGGGGAGAUUGUAAUUUCCUCGACAAAGACAAGAACACAAAAGGGUAACAUUGAGGAUGCGCUGGAGAAACUGCGGGUUAUUAUAGAUGCUGCUUCAUAUGUUCCACCACCUCCUUCAGAAGAGCAAAAGAAAAAGAUAGAAAAAUUGGCUGCUAUUGGAGAACAGAAGAGGAUGCAGAAGAAGAAAGCUAUCUCACAGAAAAAGGCUUUUAGGAGAAACAAAGAAAGUUGGGACUGACCCUGAGGCAUCUGCUUCAAUGCAAAAUCAUCUUAAAGUAAUGAUUUUAUUUGAUGAUUUUGAUAUCUAUCUUAAAAUUUUGUUGAAUUAGAUUUGUACAUUGUUACUGCACUUUUCGGAAUGUAAGCAGUGAUCCCAUAUAAUUCCAGGGCAGCUCGCUUGGUCUCUGUGAUA